GCGUGACGACGAUGGCUUCAAGUUCAGCGGCGGUGUGUCUUUUUUUCUCACUAUUGCUAAGCAUUUUUUUCUCGAUAAGUUACGGUUACUUCGAUGGAACUACUGAACCGGAAGUGACCACUGCCCAAGGGACUCUGCGGGGAAAAAUAGUGACGACCAUCCACGGCCGAAAGGUGGCGGCUUUUCUGGGAAUUCCUUAUGGACAACCACCGAUAGGAAAUAAGAGAUUCGCCAACCCCGUGCCGGCAGGUGGUUGGGAGGGAAUCCGAAACGCUACUACCGAUGGGAACAUGUGUCCCCAACCAAAUAUCAUAGACUAUGUCACUCUCCUUGGAGACGAAGACUGUCUAAAUUUGAACGUGUUCACACCACAGAUACGCAACGGUGGGAACUCGUCGUUGCUUCCGGUAAUGGCAUACGUUUUCGGUGGGAAGUUCAUGUUCGGGUCUAACAACUCAUCGGUGUACGGUCCGUUGUACCUUUUGAACCAAGAUGUAGUUCUUGUUACAUUCAACUAUCGUCUGGGUGUUCUGGGAUUCUUGAGCACUGGCGACAAAGUGGCUUCCGGAAACUGGGGCCUGAAGGACCAGGUUCUUGCCCUGAAAUGGGUGCAGCGUAACAUCAGACAUUUUUACGGUGACCCUGAUCGAGUGACACUCUUCGGCCACAGCUCAGGGAGCGCAUGCGUUCAUCUCCUAACACUUUCGAAAUUAACGAUUGGGCUCUUCCAGAAGUUCAUCAUGCAAAGCGGAUCUGGCAUUGGGCUAUGGUCCUACAGGCCCAGGGCUGCCUACGCAAAGCGCGCAUUCGAACUCGGCGAUUACGUUGGCUGUUAUAACGACACUUCAGAUGCCCUCGUCAGGUGUUUACGGAAAAAAGACUUCAUGGAUAUUAUAGGCGUGUUCAAACGGUUUCACGUAUGGAAUUAUGAACCAUUUACCACGUGGGCUUGUACUGAUGAGCUAGACAUCGAGGAAGCAUUUUUAACAGACAGCCCUGCAAAUAUACUGAGAGCUGGUCAAAUUCGUGAUUUACCUUGUAUCAUGGGUGUGGUUGACAAUGAAGGUAUAGGGAUCACUGUAGCGUUGUAUGAAAACGAGGAAUUGCUUAAGGAAUUUGUGGAAAACUUUGAUUACUUGCUGCCGACUCUACUGUACUGGUCGUAUCAACCGGACUCCGGAGCCGCUUGGGUCAAGGCCGCCAAGUCGUACUAUUUCAAGGACAUGAAAAAAAUGAACAAAAAUGAGUUCCUGAAUAACUUGACGUUACUCCUCGGCGAUGCUACGUUCACCUAUCCGAUGUACUCCUCCCUCUUACACCAGUUUGCAGUGGCAGCAAAUCCCCAAUAUUUCUACGCCUUCAAUUAUCGGGGCACCUGGAGUAACACUUACGUUUACGGCAAAACUUUGGUGGACUACGGCGUAGCACACGCAGAUGAAGUUAAUUACAUUUUUCCACGUAUAGACUACAAUAUCGUGUUAGCUCUCAACAAAACCAUAAAUGAAAAAGAUCGGCAAAUGAUGGAUAUCAUGGUACAAUUGUGGACAUCUUUUGCGAUUCACGGUAAACCGUUAACCCCGUUUCUUUUCGGAAACAUAACAUGGACGCCGUACUCGGAAAAGGACAAUUACCUUCAGAUAGGAAGCAAAUCCGAAAUCACGCUAGAGAUGAAACAUGUCUUCUUAAGAGAGCGAAUGCAAUUCUGGGCUAACUUGGAAAGAAGUACGACAGAGGCAGAAGCCAUUGUGACGAUCAACUAACGUGCCAUCGCUUCAAGAAGAUUCCACAGUCAAUCUUCAUCGACCGAUUAAACGCAGCAUUCCUG